AUGCUCAAGUCAAGAACACCCCUCCUCCGCCCCCUCCGCUCCCUCAACCCCCCAGCCCGCAGAUCACUAGCCACCGUCUCAGAUCCCCCAGUCAGGCGCUACGGCGGCCUCAGAGACCAAGAUCGUAUCUUCACAAACCUCUUCUGCAAGCACGACCAUGGCAUCAAGGGCGCCCUCUCCAGGGGUGACUGGCACAGGACAAAGGACAUUAUCCUCAAGGGCGACUCGUGGUUGAUCCAAACGAUCAAGGACUCGGGAUUGAGAGGUCGAGGUGGUGCUGGUUUCCCCAGUGGUCUCAAAUGGAGUUUCAUGAACAAGCCGGGAUGGGAGAAGGACCCCAGACCACGAUACCUUGUCGUCAAUGCCGAUGAGGGUGAACCCGGAACAUGUAAAGAUCGAGAGAUCAUGCGAGGUGACCCCCACAAGCUUGUGGAAGGCUGUUUGGUUGCUGGUCGGGCUAUGAAUGCCAAUGCUGCCUACAUUUAUAUCCGAGGAGAAUUCUACCAAGAGGCAUCCCACGUCCAACAAGCCAUCGACGAGGCUUACAAGGCCGGUCUCAUCGGCAAGAACGCCUGUGGCUCUGGUUACGACUUUGACGUCUACGUUCACCGAGGCGCUGGUGCUUAUAUCUGUGGUGAAGAGACCGCUUUGAUCGAGUCCAUCGAGGGUAAGCAGGGCAAGCCUAGACUUAAGCCUCCUUUCCCUGCCGAUGUCGGUGUUUUCGGAUGCCCCACCACCGUCGCCAACGUCGAGACUGUCGCUGUCGCCCCCACCAUCGCUCGACGAGGCGGUGCUUGGUUCAACAGCUUUGGACGAGACAGGAACUCUGGUACCAAGGUGUUUUGUGUCUCUGGACACGUCAACAACCCUUGUGUCGUUGAGGAGGAGAUGUCUAUUCCCUUGCAGGAACUUUUGGAGAAGCACUGCGGUGGUGUGAGAGGUGGAUGGGAGAACUUGAAGGGUAUCAUCCCUGGUGGUUGUUCCGUGCCCGUCGUUACCCGAGAGACUUCUGAGAAGUGUUUGAUGGACUAUGACUCUCUCAAAGACAACGGCACUUCCCUCGGUACCGGAGCCGUCAUUGUCAUGGACCAGUCCACCGACAUGAUUGCCGCCAUCGCCCGAUUCGCCAAAUUCUACAAGCACGAGUCUUGUGGGCAAUGUACACCUUGCCGAGAGGGUACCACUUGGAUGAUGAACAUGAUGGACAGGAUGGUCACCGGACGAGCGCAGGAGAGGGAGAUUGAUAUGCUUUUGGAGUUGACAAAGCAGGUCGAGGGCCACACCAUCUGUGCUUUGGGUGACGCUGCUGCUUGGCCCAUCCAGGGUCUGAUGAAGAACUUCAGGCCCGAGGUUGAACAACGGCUUGCCCAAUUCCAUGCUCAAAACGGCCAUGUCCUCUACGGUGGCAAGCUCGCUUCAGAAACCGACGGCCGUUUCGCUAUUCCUGACAAUCUUGGUGGUUACACCACCAGGAACAUUGCGGCGCCUUAG